AUGCCGCCUAGCGACAGCGAGGCCAGGGCCAACGAGAAAGUGGCCAAAGACUGGCACACCGCACCUCAUCCCCUCACAACCCCCUUCACGGCGGGCAGCGACCAGGCCUUCACCGCGGCAGCGUUUGGGCCAGCCCAUUAUGCGCAGGAAGACACCUCUCUGAACGAAACACUCUGGAGUCUGUGGCCCAUCUCGUCCCCCGAGGAGCUCGAAGAUGUGCUCAAGGACGCCGAAGAGAAGCGCGACGAGUUAGUUCUGAUUCUUGUCGGAGCUGAUACCAGACGCCUUCCCGCCGUCUCCAAAAACGGAAGCUUCGACAAGGAUAAGCUGAGGGCGGGUCUGCCUCAAGCAGAGCGCGUCAGGAUGGCGACAAUGGUGCGGCUCAUUGGGUCGCUGCACGCGGCCUUGAACACCGUUGGUCGGCUCGAGUACGGCACGCUUGUCGACGGUCAGUCGCCCUACAUACUCUUGAAGACGCGCCAGACUCUGCUCGACGUUCCGCCCCUUGACAGGGCCAUCGAAUCUGCCAGGCGUUUCAAAAAGGAGGGCGACGUGAGUUUGGAGCAUAUGAUGGCCAAAGCGACCAUGCUCCAGUAUGGGGACCUCGAAACCGUGAUGCAAAUGGCUGCCCAGCACUUUAGCGCUGAGGUCAAUGAGCUCGCCGGUGCCGCCGUCGGGAAGUACUGCUCGGCGCUCCUCGCCCUUUGGCCCUGGACCGCGAGCGGCCUCAUCAUGUCUCCUGAAGUUGCCUUCUCAUCUGGAAUCGCUGAGCUUGAAAACGAGCUUUGGUGGGAUAUCGGCCUUACAUGUUACCGCCAAUUCCGCAUCGGUCCCGACUGCAAAGCUGGCGACGACACUUUCAACGCCACCUUCGUGUUUGCCAUGUAUGGGCGUCUCGCAAACCUCAUUCCCGUGCACACGCGCUACGUGCCCUACAAGACUCUCCACCGCGCCCUUGGCUGUGAGCACCUGCCACGCAGAUUAGCUGGCAAUGGAGAACUGACGCCAGGUGCCUCGCUCAACGGCCUGGUUUUCAGCCAGUUCAAGUCUGAUCAGUGGCUGAGCGAGCUGCAAGAUGGCGACAGGCUCAACGAUCUCUGUAUCCCCGGUGCCGCCAACGCUCCCGACGCGUGGGCCCACGGUAGUUGCGAUACAAAGCACAAAGGAUGUCUCGGCAUUGGUUUCAGUCUGCACGAAAAGCUGGGUGCCGGGGACAGGGUGACCAAGUUGAACGAAGAGCGUGAAGCGAACUCUGACCUGCUGGCUGAGGAGAGCAGCUCUUACUACGAGAGUCUGAAGGCAAAGUCGGAGGUGAAAGGGAGAUGGAGUUAUGACAAGGAAGGGAAGAAGACGUAUGGACCCAAGACCGCCGACAAGCGCAAAGCCUUCUAUCUCCCCGAUGGUAGCGUCGAGUUUCUGUGA